CUGAAAGCUGCAGUUUCUAUCUCACCUUGAAGAAUAAUAGAAAUCUCACAAAAUGUGUGAUAUAUUUGUAGGCACCUGGAAACUUGUCUCCAGUGACAAUUUCGAUGAUUACAUGAAAGAAGUGGGAGUAGGCUUUACUACCAGGAAACUGGCUAGCAUGGCCAAACCCAACAUGCACAUCAGUGUGAAUGGGGAUAUGAUCACCAUUAAAUCAGAAAGUACCUUUAAAAAUACUGAGAUUUCCUUCAAACUGGACCAGGAAUUUGAUGAAGUCACUGCAGAUGACAGGAAAGUCAAGAGCAUAAUAACCUUAGAUGGGGGUGCCCUGGUACAGGUGCAGAAGUGGGAUGGAAAAUCAACCACUAUAAAGAGAAAACGAGUGGAUGAUAAACUGGUAGUGGAAUGUAUCAUGAAAGGUGUCACUUCCACCAGAGUCUAUGAGAGAGCAUAAGCCGAGGAACGUUGAGUUGACAGACGUUGGCAUCAAACUCUACAACAUUCUGUUGGAUAUAUUGUUCAAACAGAUAUUAUUUUCCACUAAUUAGCAAACAAUUAAUUUCUCCUGAACUGAUUUUAUUUGAUA